AUGGCCUUGUUUGGAGCAGUGGCUGCUACCUCCGUGCAGAGGUAUGUAUGGACACGGAGUCGGAACCAGGAGUGGUGGGAUUGGGAUGUGAGAGGCUUCACUGACACGGAGUUCAUCCACAAUUUCAGGAUGUCAAGACAAACAUUUGAAUAUCUCUGUCAGCGCCUUUCAGCAAGAAUGCUUAGACAGGAUACUCAUCUCCGCCAAUCCAUACCUGUGAGCAAGCGCGUUGGAAUCGGGCUGUAUUGGCUGGCAACAGGCGCAUGUUAUCGGACCAUGUCAAGCCUGUUCGGAGUUGCCAAAUCCACAGUUUGUUCCAUCGUCCAUGAAUUUUGCUUUGCAGUCCGCUAUGUCCUCAUGCUUGAGUACAUUAAAUGGCCUCGAGGAGAUGACCUGAUACAAGUUAUUGAAGGCUUCAGACAGCGAUGGGGGUUCCCACAGUGUGCCGGAGCAAUAGAUGGGAGUCACAUUCCCAUCACUGCUCCUGAGGACAAUCACUGUGAUUAUUUUAACCGCAAAGGCUGGCACUCUGUCAUCCUUCAGGGCGUCGUCGACCAUCAAUUCUGUUUCACUAACAUCUACACUGGAUGGCCAGGAAGCGUUCACGAUGCCAGGGUUCUCAAGAAUUCUGAGAUAUACACAAUGGCAGAGAGAGGGGAGCUAUUUCCACCAGUUACAGAAGAAAUCAUGGGUGUUGAAGUUCCAGUCAUGCUGCUCGGUGACCCUACAUAUCCCCUGCGAAGCUGGCUGCUGAAGGGAUACGCAGAUACAGGAACCCUAACUGAAGAACAGCAAUACUUCAACCAGAGACACAGCAGAGCCAGGAUGACAGUGGAGUGUGCAUUUGGCUGA